UAACUUGGUCUUAGUUUCAAGAUAUCUAGACUAGAGAACCCUUUCUCUUAAAAAAAUAAAUAAUAAAUAGCUGUAGACAAAAAAGUGAUUGUCAACUGUUAAAUGAUAUCGGACCGCCAUUCCUUGCUCCAUUUUGAGGCAACUCAAGAAACUGCUGCUAUUCAUUUAAUUCCAGGCAUAUAAUAAAGUCCAAGAACAGAGAAGAUCUCAGUUAGGUCUUAGUACAUAUAAUUUGUGUAGAGAUGGUAGUGGGAGAGCUGCAUGGAUUUACGCCAGUAUCAUCCAAGAUGAAAUCGUCUACACGUAACAUAUUUCUGUCAUCACCAUUUGUUGGGCGUAAACUGGGCAAUGGAGGACAUGCAUAUACCUCAAUUUCUGGUGUUCAGCUAUCAAAAUUCAACUUCCCUAGGAAAACAUGGAACACUAGUAGACGGCACUCAACUACUACUGCAGUUCUAGCCGAUUUUACUAAAGACUUUAUGACUUUUCAGGCAUCAAUGUUUGAGAAACAAGCAGCAGACCCUAAGACUGUUGCUGCUAUCAUUUUAGGUGGUGGAGCUGGAACAAGACUCUUUCCUCUUACUCGAAGAAGGGCUAAACCAGCUGUACCAAUUGGGGGAUGUUACAGGUUGAUUGAUGUUCCAAUGAGUAAUUGCAUCAAUAGUGGAAUUAACAAAAUUUACAUCCUCACACAGUUCAAUUCUCAAUCCCUUAACCGUCACAUUGCUCGAACAUAUAAUCAGGGAAAUGGUGUAGACUUUGGCGAUGGAUUUGUUGAGGUAUUGGCAGCUACCCAGACACCUGGUGAAUCUGGUAAGAAGUGGUUUCAGGGUACAGCAGAUGCUGUAAGACAAUUUAUUUGGUUGUUUGAGGAUGCGAAGCUUAGAAACAUUGAGAACAUUCUGGUAUUAUCUGGUGAUCAUCUUUAUCGAAUGGAUUACAUGGACUUUUUGCAGAAGCAUAUUGAAUCGGGUGCUGACAUUUGUGUCUCUUGUCUUCCCGUGAAUGACAGUCGUGCAUCUGAUUUUGGGUUGGUAAAGAUUGAUGAAACAGGACAGAUAAGACAAUUUCUUGAGAAGCCUAAGGGUGAAAAUUUGAAAUCUAUGAAAGUGGAUACAACUGUUUUAGGAUUAUCAGCUCAAGAUGCAAAUAAAUUUCCAUACAUUGCAUCGAUGGGUAUAUAUAUGUUCAAGACAGAUGUACUGCUAAAACUUCUCAGGUGGAAUUAUCCAACAGCCAAUGAUUUUGGAUCAGAAAUUAUUCCAAUGUCUACAAAGGAGUAUAAUGUUCAGGCAUAUCUAUUCAAUGGAUACUGGGAGGAUAUUGGAACUAUAAAAUCUUUCUUUGAUGCCAACUUGGCCCUAACGGACCAGCCUCCCAAUUUUCACUUCUUUGAUCCUCUGAAGCCAAUCUUCACUUCUCCCCGAUUUCUGCCGCCAACUAAAAUCGAGAAGUGCCGGGUCAAGGAUUCCAUAGUUUCGCAUGGUUGCUUUUUAAGGGAGUGUAGUGUUGAACAUUCCAUUGUCGGCAUUCGCUCUAGACUGGAAUACGGGGUUGAGCUGAAGGAUACCAUGAUGAUUGGUGCUGAUUAUUAUCAAACAGAGGCCGAAAUAGCAGCCUCUUUAGCAGAAGGAAGAGUUCCAGUAGGUGUUGGGAAAGAUACCAAAAUUAUGAAUUGUAUAAUCGACAAGAACGCCAGAAUUGGAAAGAAAGUGACCAUAGCAAACAAAGAAGGUGUGCAAGAGGCAGAGAGACCAUCCGAGGGAUUCUAUAUCAGAUCAGGAAUAACUGUGGUGUUAAAAAACUCUGUAAUAAAGGAUGGAACGAUCAUAUAGAAGGCGAGAAGGUGCAUACAUGUAUAUACAAGACUUGAUCAUGGUUGUUUGCAGAAUAGGACUGCACUCCAUACAAUAGGUUGAUCUUGUCGUUACUUCCUUUUGUAUUAUCAGAAUUUUGAAUCCCAUUUUCAUCCAGCACAGAGACAGGGUUUCUGGUCCAUAGAUAUGUCAAGGAUUUUCAUA